ACGCGGAGCGGCUGGAGCUGCCCGGCGGCCACCGCGUCUCGCAGGCGGCACCGCCCGCCCGGCCCCGCCCCUCCGCCACCGCCUCACGCACGCACUGCGCGUUACGCGUUACGCACGCAGCGAGACAGCCGAGACCGCCACCACGAAGCGCCGCAGCCCGUUACUGAAAUCAUGAAUCCUGUGUAUAGCCCUGGAUCUUCUGGGGUUCCCUAUGCAAAUGCCAAAGGAAUUGGUUAUCCAGCUGGCUUCCCAAUGGGCUAUGCAGCGGCUGCUCCUGCCUAUUCCCCUAAUAUGUAUCCUGGAGCAAAUCCUACCUUCCAAACAGGUUAUACACCAGGCACUCCUUAUAAAGUGUCUUGUUCACCCACUAGUGGUGCAGUCCCGCCGUAUUCCUCAUCACCAAAUCCCUACCAGACUGCUGUGUAUCCAGUCCGAAGUGCCUAUCCACAGCAGAAUCCAUAUGCACAGCAAGGCACUUACUACACACAGCCUUUAUAUGCAGCACCACCCCACGUAAUUCACCACACCACAGUUGUGCAGCCUAAUGGCAUGCCAGCAACCAUGUACCCUGCUCCUAUUCCACCACCAAGAGGAAACGGUGUGACCAUGGGGAUGGUGGCUGGGACUACUAUGGCAAUGUCAGCAGGAACUUUGUUGACAACUCAUUCCCCAACUCCAGUAGCCCCUCAUCCAGUUACUAUGCCCACAUAUCGGGCUCCAGGAACACCAACCUAUAGUUAUGUGCCCCCACAGUGGUGAUCAUCCUGGCAGUCAGUGUUUGAAGAUGGGAGAUAUGCAAUCAAGAAAUUGAGGUUUAAAAGUUGGUGCUGAAGCCCUCAUGCCUCCAACCAGGACUCUUCUUCUGAAUGCUUUCAACACUUGGCUAAACACUACUAAUUCCUGAUCACUGAAGAUUUUCCAGUGCUGCAUAUCUUACAUCUUGGAACUCCAGCAGUUAGUCUUAAAGCAAAUCCUGUUUUGUGGACUGUCUUGCAAUUUUUUAGCUAAUUAUAAUGAUAAAAAGGGAGUAUAAAUUUAUUCUGAUCCAUAUCUAGUUGAAUGCAUGUUAAAACACAAAAACAAAGCUUGCUCAAUCUACCUGCAGUGACUGAUGCAAAAACCAUCAUAUGCAAAUCCAAAGGAACCGAGAAGUAUUUUACAACUUGUAUCACUAAUGCACUGUUGUAAUGUAUGCAGGGUCUUAAAAGGUAGAAUCAUGAAAGUGAGUUUCUUUGUAGACUACCGUAAGAUACAUUAGAUAAGAGCUUCAACCUUUUUUGGGUUGAUGGGAUUGCCAGUUUAAAAGGGGCACUUUUUUUUGUUAAUUUAAGUGAUGUAUUCUUUUCAAAUUCAAGUACUAAAUUGGAGUGACUGGAAAAUGAGGCAGAAAAGCUGUAGGAAUCCCGCACGCCAUUAGUUUACUUCAUACCUUUACGUUUUUGUUACAUGGAUUCAGUGUUAUAGAGCUGUUCUCAAGGAUCAGAAUGAAAUGACGAAGGUAAUGCUGUGUGUGCGAGUAAAUAAAGCAAGCUUCCUUGAGGCAAAACUUGCCAUUAGGAAUAGUAGGAGGCGACCUGUGUAAUGAAUUGCAUGCCCUGGGGAGAUACAUAUCCAGUACUACCUUUCAUACGAUGCAAGAUGUGUCAAAGUGAGACUGCCACACAGGCUGAUAGAAUAACACUUUCCUUUAGAUCUCCGUUCAAGAGAUCACUGUUGUUUUUCCUAAAGAAUGUUGUAGUCAGUUGCAAACUUAGGUGCAGUUGACCCAGCGUGCUUUCCUGAUGUUUAAGAAGUAUUAGGGCUUUCUACAACAGACGGGGAGAUCAGCUGCGUGCUAUCCUGAGGAAAGCUGGUGUGCCUGAUGAGUAUGUUAAAGGGGAACAAAUCAUUUUAACACAAUUUCCUUGUUAGCUACUUGCAGUAUGGACUACAGAUAUGCUGUAGUAGGGCUGCCAGAAUAUAGAGGUUUCAGAUAGUUUGGUUGUUUUAUUUUUUCCUGAAAAUAUUUGUAAUUGAAGUGGGAGCCAUUUGGUGGUUACAGCGUUUUGAUGUAUUUUUGUAGCAUUUUUCCUUUUUUUUUUUUUAACUUCCUAAAUUGCACUUGGAAGCACGUACAAAUAAGACUGACUGCAGAUUAGCAUUUCAUUGCAAUGAGUCAUUUCUGGUAUUCUUUCUUGCAACUUCAAUUUUUAAAACAGUACCUCAAAGCAAAUGCAGUGGUGAUAAAGGGCUAGCCUUAGAACCCAUUUCUAUACCAAAAUUCUCACCAGGAAGAUUUUAAAUUUUCAAAGUAAAAUGUUGCACAUGAAAUCAAGGUUUUUCUUAGACCUGCUUACUUACAAUUUCAGAAAAAUGCAACUUUUUUUUUAAUAUACAUUCUGCCUGCAAUAAAUUAUGCAGUAAAUGAGAAUAAAAUGUUGUUCCCUUUUAAGCGUUUACACAGAGGUAUAUCAGGCUGUAUCGUUCUCGUAGUCUAAUUUCCAUUCAAAAGUGAUAAUUUUUUUAAAGUUCUCUAUCUAAUUAAUGUUUUUCUGGGGGUGUUCUGCUCCUCUAUAGAUUUGGCAGCUACUUUGGGAUAGCAUCAGAUGUAAUGCUGCCAUUCCAGUACUCUGCCCUGGUGGGAUCCUUGUGAACUGGGGUUAGAGCCUUCAGUAACUUUAUUUUUUACAGUAAGCACUCUCCAUGUUUUUUUUUUACUACUUUUUUUUUAAAUAAAGAUUAAGAUUAUUUUUCAGGAAUCACUGUCAGAGGACAGCCCCUUUAGUUUUAAUGCCUUGAAUAUGAAUGAUGUUGGAAUAAGUACUUUAAACCUUACUCAUGAGCACUUAUUGCAGCUUAGGGAUUUCCAUAUGUUUCCAUAUGGAGCAGAAAAUUACCCCAGACAAACCAUUUGAAUCUGUACUGCCUUGGGUUAGGUCUGUUCAACGAUUCCUUUUGUGUAGCAGGUUUGCAGCUUUGAGUAGCCAGGUGUGCUGGGUGGUACAGUGAAUGUGAAUCCAGGCCGUUUGUUCAGUUUGCAAGUAGUGUGACAUUUUGGUUGUCUUAGCAUGAUUUUAACAAGAGUUCAGGUGUGAACCAGUGCUAUACUGAGGAGAAGCUGUACAGAACAAGCUCAGAGCUUCGCUGUCUCCUGUCUCAUCACCCUAUAAACUAAAGCUUUGAAAAUCAUAGGAGUGAACUUCAGUGAAUGCUGCAUUAGAUAAAUGGUUAAGGAACGAACACAACAUCCUGCAUCUUUGCUCUCAAUUCAGAUUCCUAAAUGCCAUCCUGGAAUUGAUCCCUAUAACGUUCUGUAACUUUUAGGCAGUCACGCUUGAGCACUUUUUUUUCUAAGUUGCAUUAUGGGAUUCAUCCACGAGGGGGAAACUACCUUUUUUUUCCUUUGAGAGAAAAAAAAAAAGGUACCACACCUUCCAGUUGUGAUGGGUUGUAAUGUACUGGGAGGGUGGAGCACAUCUCCAGCAGUUUGAUAUGGGAAGUUACCAAAAGCACAGUGCGGAGGGGGACAGGAGGGGAGUAUGUGUGUGUAUAUAACUAUCUUAAUGGUAUUUUGUUGCAAAUAGUAGAAAGCAUGGAUAUAAAACAGCGGCGGGGGAAGUUGUACAUCGUUAAAUAGGCGUUUACACAGUGAGGGUCUUAUGAAACAUUCUCUCCUGCUUUUUAUAUAACAUUCCCUAUUUAGAAUUCCUUUAUAAAUAAACGCGCAGUAUGUUUGCACGGGAGCUCUUUGACAAUGGGAAGGGCUCGUGCUGUAGAGACAUUUCAGAUCAAGCUUCUCUUUAAAAAAAAAAAAAAAGAAAAAAAGAAAAAAAAAAAAGAAAACUUUUAUGGCAGCUUUAUAUGAUUAAAAAAGAAGUACUACUUCAAACCUGGAACUGAAGAGAUAACUGCAGCAAUAACAGAGAGAAGUCCAAAAUAGAUUUUUCUUUUUCUUUUUUUUUUUUUUUUUUUUUCCAAUUCAAAUUUCAAGUGUUCAAUUUAGGUAAAAAUAUUUUUUAAAGACUGAAGUAUUCCCUAUGUCAGUGACAACUGAUGAAAAUGUCUUUUAAAUGUAGCAGCAGCAAAAUAGAAAUAGCUAAUAACUGACACCAAAAGCAUGUAGCCCUAGUCAGUGGCACGGUGGUUAUUAACCAGGCAAUUGGAAGGAGAACAGAGAGCCUACUACUAGAUCUUGCUAUGCUUGUAACCAUCUCCUGUCUGAAGUUUCUAGGAGCCGUACAGGGACGCUGUUCAUGAAAGCUUUUGAGUGUACUAUGCAGGUUAAAAGCUUAGUUGGCAGUGGUAGAUAGGGAAGAAAAAUCCUUUCCUUUAGUCCUUCCUUGUGUCGCUUCAUCCACUGGAGGAAGAAACAAACAGUAAGUACCACAAUAUCUUAGUGUUGUCUGAAGAUAUGUCAUGGUACAGAGUUGCAUACCAGGAUACUCAACACUGACUGCUCUUCACAAGGUGUUGUGGCUUCGCUGUCACUUGGGUCGUAGGCUGCUGAAGGGAUCUGAGCAAGAAAUGGUCAGAACUGGCUUGGAAUUGCUCCCCAGUGCUUAAGCGUGGUAUUACGCACCAUUCAUUUGGUUUUAGAACAUAUUUUUGCUUGAAUAGCUGAUGCCACCACUUAACUCCAGGCUUAGAGUCAUACCAGAGAAUGGUAAUGUGAAAUCUCCCACGUUAGGAACACGAGCAGUAGUGAUGCUUCAGCUGGAAUGCAUGGGGAAAGAGGACAGCUGUGGUUGUUGUUCUUUGCAGUUGCCCAGAUGUGGUUUGUGCAGUAGUUGGUAGGUAGUUGGUAGUUGGUAUGAUCCAUGUGUGGUUUUCUCCAGCAGGUGUCACUGGCCAACCUUCAUGUUUGCUGAGGGUCAAAAGCAAUCCAUUAGUCCUCACGUGGCAGUGUUUGUGAGCACUUGUCCAAAAAACAACAAAGAGUUAAGCUCAUUGAGAUGGUUCUUACAUAACGUGUCAGCUUGCUAAGUUUGUAUCUUAUCAAUUCUAAUGAGAUUUGUUGAGUUAGCAUGCCAAUUAAAAGGAGCAACUGCAGCGAAGUUAGGAUUGUGCAAGCCUCAAAGAGCAUCGAGUUCUUUCUGAAGUAGUGAGGACGGCUUCUUUGUGGGGGUGUGUGUGCUGGGAGAAGGUAAGGUGUGUUUUGCAGAGGGAAGAGAGGGAAGAAGAACAGUGUUUAUCUGGGGGGAUGAGGAAACCUUUUCUUUUGUAUGUUGAAUAUAACACUUAAACAUCUGAAUUCCACACGUAGGUAGUAAGGGUCCAUUUGUGUAAAAAAUAAAAAAAUAAAAAAAAAUUCUAAACAGUGUAUGGGCUCUGAAGUUUCAACACCAAGAAAGUGAACAUGACUUUUCUAAACUGUUGUGACUUUUGGGCACUUAGCAGGCAAACUGGGAAAGCUUUUUUAGCUGGCUGCUGUACAGACUUGUUUUAAGUAGAAUGAAUUUGUUAGUGUGUUUCUUUUUUAAUUGUAAUGCUAUUAUUGGCUGCCCUCAUGUCUAAGAAUUGGAAAAGUGAGUGCAUGCAAUGGAAGUACAAGAGGCCCCAGUAAUAGUUCUCCAUGUUUGUUAUGAAAUAGACACAGGUUUCCUUUUUAUGACUUUUUAAAACUGUCUUACAAACAGUUGUAUUGGUACUUUUUUUUUUUUUAAGUUUAGGUCAAUGUUGUCUUCCAGGAUAAGUUUUAAGGCAUCACUCACUCCUGCAUUGAACUAUCACAUCAACACAAAGAGUGGAGAUCCCAUUCUGAGCCAGUUCAAUUGUGAAAAUUCAUACUUUUUUUAUUUUUUAUGCAAUUCAAUGAGUAGAUGAGCUCAGAUUUAAAUUCUUAAAAGCACGUUUAUUGUAACAAGAAUUGUUAUGUAUUAAUACUUCAGUUUUCAAUAAAGAUUGACUUGUGUUGCUUAUUGUGGGAUUGUUUUUCG